AUAAUCGCGACGCUUCCGCACUUCCUUUCGAGUGAACCGCGCGUUCGCGCUAACGCCCCCCUAGCGCGAAUACAUCUCGCUGGAACAGUCGACAACUAAUUGUCGCAUCCUCUCGUUAUCUCUGAGAGCGGCAUACGUCUAUGUUUUUUUGAAUGGACGCAAGAUUAUCCGGCAUCGCGCUUCAUCUCGUUGCAGCUGAAGCACGACAGUUGGGCGACCAAUUAGCAGAUACAAGAGGAGUAAACCUGGAAUUAGCAUAAAUAAAGAUGGAUAAUCCUCCACUAUCUCCUCCAGACAAGACUGAUGUACCUCAAGCAGAAACUAUGAGCAGUUCUGAAAACAAGGAUAACGUCGAAAACUGUAGUAAUGAAUCUGAAAACAAGGAUAACGUCGAAAACUGUAGUAAUGAAGAAGUCUCGGUCCCAGAAGAUAAGCAAUUGGAUGAAUCACAGCGUGAUAGGAAUACUGCGGAAGAAGAACAUGACGAGACAGCUCAAGAAACAGCUGCAACAACUUCUGAAAAGGAGGACUUGAUGCCAUCGAAUGUAGAAGCAAGUGACUCUGCCGCACGUUUGGAAAACCAAACCACUUUGGAAAACGAUAGUGCUGAAGCUGAAGUGCCAUUGUCUAAACAGAGUGACGAGACCGUGACAACCGAAGAAACUAACGCAGAAAGUUUUUGUGAAGAAAGCACAUCGGUUAACAUAGACAAGGAAACGACAGACUUAAGUGCACCCGAUUUAGCGGAGAAGUGUGACACAAAUUCACCGAAUCAUGAAGACUCGCGUGAGACAACGACGCAGGAGCCAGAUAAUGUAGUAGGCAGUGACGGCGCAAAAUCUGCUAGUGAGAAUGUUGCAACCGAGUCAGAGACACUACCCACAGAGACUGAUAAAAAUCCCUGCGACAUCCCGGACGAAUCGAGCGUCAAUGCGGAUGACGUGCAAAAGGACGUCGACUCCUCGAAGAAAGUGGAGUCGGAAUCGUCGGACAGUAACUCGGAAAAUCCCGACAAGAACCCGUCCGAGAAAACGAUCGAGCCCGAAAACACAGAGUUUGUGCAAUUUUCUCACGAUGACAAGCACGACGAUCCGCAAAUUGAGAGUCAGUCCAUGGACGCGGUGGACCCGUUCGGCGGUGAUAAUCUCACUUCCGAGAACGUGGAGCAAAUGGAGACGACCCUGGACAAUCUCGAGGUUGAAGUUAGCUUCAAGAAUUUGUACGAGCAGGGUAAUAACUUGCAACAGGCUGUCAAUGCUAACGAGCACAGUGAGAAGCUCAGUGUCGACUGUGCAUUAAACGAUCCAAAGGAUAUCGACAAAGUCGCGGACGGUAUUUCCGAGGCGUCGGCCAAUGUACAAUCGACGAUCCAGUCCCCCGAGAACACGCCAAUGGACAUCGACAUGCCGGAUGAUAAUAAUACACCCGAAGCAGAAGCGAGUACAUCAUCUGUGGAAUUACCGGGUGAGCAAAACAAACAAACAAAAAAAAACGUGGAGGAGAUUACGCCUAUGGAAACGGAUGAGGAGCAAGCGAACGUAUUACCGGGGCAAGAUGACGAACUGUGUAUUAUCCCAGACAGUAUGAAGGUAAUAAUACCGAAUAAAUCAGGCAAAGCAGUAGACAGUGAUCAGAAUGAAUCCACAUUCGAGAAUGACUCCAAACGUGAGGAGGCAGCACAAAAGCCUAAUUCCGGGCUCGACAAGGCUGCCGCUCAGGAUGAGCGCGAAACGGUGGCAGAAAGUAAAGAUAAAGAUACAGAAAAUACGGCGACCGCUCGGCCAAACGAGUCCACAGCAGUGGCGGAAGAUUCGGUCAAAGCAACGGAUGUUAUUAACAUUGACGAUGAGUCGAAAAAUUCAGAAGUCGAGGAAAUCACGACUAAAGAACUAUGCAAGCAGUGCGGUGAAGAGAGAGCGUGCAAGAUUCGCGUGAAGAUCGGUGUGGAAAAUUAUCACGUGUGCUCAAAGACGUGUAAAGCGUUAUUUAAAGCAGCGAAUGACAAGGCAAUGGACAUACCGAGUGACGGGGCCAGUUCGAAGUGUGAAAAGCGUUGUGCGACUUGUCUGUCGGUUAUAGAAGCGAACGAUGAACGAAAUGUCUCUUGGGAGACCAUGGAGUUCUGCAACGAGGAGUGUCUGGGGAAGUUUCAAAGAAAGUACGGCAGUUACUGCAAGAAUUGCAACGGUACAGUUCAAGCCGUGAGUUUAGGCAAGUACUGCGUGAGAUUUGGCUGCGACGUGAGACAGUUUUGUUGUUCGACAUGCCUGGAGGAGUUCAAGAAGGGUUUAAAGGUGUGCAGCUACUGUCAAAAGGAUAUAAGCUUCAGCACAGACGGCUUCCUCGCGCCGGUUGGCGAGAAAGGCCAGUUCAAAGACUUUUGUACUCAAGACUGUAUGGAGAAGUAUUCGAAACUGAAUUCCAUGGAACCCCCGGCUACGGAGAAGAAGCUCUGUAGCGUGUGUAAACAGGAGAAACUCGUGCACUGCGAAAUUCAGAUACACGAUAAUAUCCCGGUAGCCAUAUGCAGCGAGGUCUGUCUCGCGGCAUUUAAAUUCGUUAACAAACAGGUCAAUCCAGAACAGUGUUCUACCUGCAAGAAAUUCUUCGAGCUGCCGAAGAAGCAGAAUUUCGUGGUGUUUUAUGAAAACGAGCCCCACACGUUCUGUAAUAAGACAUGCUUAAAUAUAUUCAUCAUAACGAACAGGAAAAUCGUCCCGUGCAAUUGGUGCAAAGUAAAGAAAUACAAUUUCGACAUGAUCAAGAAGGAACUGAAGUCGGGGCAGACCCUGAUGAUGUGCAGUUUGAACUGCCUGACGCUGUAUCAGGUCUCCAUCAACGCGGUGUCCGCGAAACGAAUUAACUGUGAUUUUUGCAAGGAGUACUCCUUGGCGCAUUACCAUCUCACGAUGUCGGACGCGACGAUACGUAAUUUCUGCUCGUACAAUUGCGUCAUGAAUUUUCAAGCUCAGUACGCCAAGUCGCCCAUAACGAUACCGUCGAGCGACGAUCCCGUGCCCACGGGCGCGCCCAAGAGGACGUUACCGCAGCGGACCGCCGUGAACGUGCAGAAGCCCAGCGAGAUGCAGGGAAAGAAAAUCAUGCCCGUCAUCUCAUCGGUGACUAGUCUGGCCGCGAUGGGGAACGGCCAGGCAAGCCCGACCUCGCAACAGAACAGUAUAGUCAUGUCGACGAACACGAUGUCCAGUCAGGCGUCGCAAGUCGUCUACAACCAGCAGAUCAUCACUAGACCACCUAGUCCGGCGAAAGUUCACAACAAGAUGAUGCAAUGCAAGCCUCUGGUGCACACGAAGGGGGUCUCGGUACGUCCUCGUCCUUGCACCAAGUGGACGCAGACGACGGAGAAGCCCAAGCAAGCCAUCGUGCCCAUGCCGGUGCCAAUUUACGUCCCGUUCCCGAUGCACAUGUACAGUAUGCCGUUCCCGGUACCGAUGCCUUUCCCAUUGCCGAUACCCAUCCCGCUUUUUAUACCCACCACGAGAAACAGCGCCAAGGGGAUUAUGAAGGAUAUUAAGAAAAUACAGGAGAAGAUACCGGCCGACCCGUACGAGGCCGAGCUUCUCAUGAUGGCGGAGAUGGUGGCCACCGAGAAGAAGGCCGACAGCGACUCGGACUCGGUGGACGACAGGGAAGAUGACACAGCUGGUCAAGGCAAUUUACAUAGUGAUGCUUUCAGUCCGGAAGCAGUUGAUGCCAGCAACACAUUCGGGGACGAUAUGUUGCAAAUGGCACUGAAAAUGGCCACGGGGGAGUUGGACGAGCCUGCGGUUGAUCUCGAGGCCGCUCUGACACCGAACACCAUUACGGCCACGCAGGCACCGCCGCCGACGGAAAGCAAUAUGGAUAACGACGUGCAAUCGGAGCGACUGAUGGCUGUUUCGAGAGGAAGGAAACGCGGAAUGCCGUACAAGCCACGAUCAACGCCAACUAAACGCGUGAGACGCGUCUCCGGGACGAACGACAUGCCGUUAAUGCCGCCGCCGGAACCACAGCCACCGCCGCAACCGCGUAUCAUGGAACCAAUGGAGAAGCCUGACGCUAACAUGGCGUUGAAAUACACGUUUGGCGUGAACGCGUGGAGACAAUGGGUAAUUGGAAAGAAUGCCGAGUUGGAGAAACAGAUUACUCCAAUGAGGAAAAUAAAGUUGUUCAAGACGGAUCUCUUACAGCUCACCGCGGACGAGUUAAAUUAUUCCUUAUGCCUCUAUGUGAAGGAAGUGAGGAAGCCGAACGGUGCGGAGUAUGCUCCAGAUACGAUAUUUUAUCUUUGCUUAGGAAUACAACAGUAUCUGUUCGAAAACAGCAGGAUCGAUAACAUAUUCACGGACUCGUACUACGAAAAAUUUACAGACUGCCUAAACGAGGUGGCGAAAAAGUUCUCCGUGCUCUAUAACGACGCACAAUAUAUCGUAACCAGGGUAGAGGAGGAGCACUUGUGGGAGUGCAAGCAAUUAGGUGCUCACUCUCCGCACGUUCUGCUGAACACACUUAUGUUCUUCAAUACGAAACACUUUAAUCUCGUGACAGUAGAGGAUCACAUGCAACUCUCUUUUUCUCACAUUAUGAAACACUGGAAGCGUAACCCGGCAGCUCAGCCCACGGUCGCGGGAAAGGUUCCUGGAUCAAGAAACGUCCUCUUGAGAUUUUACCCGCCGCAGUUAGCCCAAGAAGCUAAUUCAAGGAAGAAGAAAGUGUACGAGCAACAGGAAAACGAGGAGAAUCCAUUGAGAUGUCCUGUUAAGCUCUACGAAUUCUACUUGUCAAAAUGUCCUGAGAGCGUCAAGACACGAAACGACGUGUUCUAUCUGUUGCCAGAACGCAGUUGCGUGCCGGACAGUCCCGUGUGGUACUCAACGUCGCCGCUUGCGAAGGAGCACCUCGUCAAAAUGUUGCAUCGUAUCAAAAUGGUUAAAGAAAUUAACGUAGCGCUACUGACGAGUUAAUUUCUCGCCUAUUACAUGAUCUCUUACAUCGGUGCUGGACAAAGAGUACCCUUGCCGGCCUCGAUUCUCGAUGAUGAUCGAUGUCUGUCAUCUCGUCGCGCAGGGCUCAGGUUCAAGAGCGCGCAUACAAUCGGAUGCUCUACCUCUAAAUGCUGAUAUGAGAAAAUUAUCAGCGUUCAGAUUUUCAGGAUUUAAAAUUAUAUUAAAUUAAUCGGAUAAUUAAUUAAAUAUGUAAAUUUAUAUUAUUUGAAUUGACAAAAAAAUUGCAACGCUAAUACAUUUUUCACAAUUUCCGCAUUUGGAAGUACGGAACUUCAUCUAAUUGACGCGAAUUGUAUGCGCUCUCCUGAGCCCCGUGCGUCGAGCAGUUACCGAGUUCAGAGUAGCAAGGGGAAGAAAAAUAGUAGGUAUCGACCGUGACAAUCGGCACUUUCUAUCCAGCACUGGCUUACAUUGUUAAAGGCAGUGCAAAGAGAAGAUCGGAAAAAGUAAUUUAUUUCAACACUUUGAUUGCCGCGUGUACGUGUGAUUAUAUGUGUGUCUUGUGUGUAUGUGUAACGAAUGCUUGUGCGUGGUGCGUCGAAUCAAACUUUGAGAUUUACGAUGCGACUUUUACAUUUAGUUAGAACGAUAAACCUCUCCAAGAUUAAAUACAAUUUAAUGAACAAGAGCGCAUAAUGAUCACUGCAUUAAAUAAUUAAUUAAUCUUUGUCUAUUUUGUUGAUAAAACUUAUCGAUUGUAUUAUUAAUCAAGAAUAAUGAAAACUCUGCUAAUUUUAACCCGCUAAAACACAAGCACGCGAAUACGAACGAGUACGUACGUGCGAUAUUCAAAGUGUUCGAAACAACGCAAAAGUGAUUACAAAAGUGUGACACAAAUGUGACACGAUAUGGAAUUAUAGGAUUAAAUGAGUUUUCCAGUUUCCAUGUAUAUUUUUCACUUCCCAAUAAAAGAAAACUUAUUGAUCAUGAUA